UCUUAACGGUCCCGAAACGUUCUUUGGUUCUUUGCAGUCGACAUUCACGGGUUAAGAAGCUUCCAAUGCCAUGACGGGCUGAGAGUGCAUUUCUGGACGCUGCUUACUCCGGCUUCCUUCCAUCUGUGUCAGGCAAAUCAUUAUGCAGUUCUAAUUAGAACAACGUUCUAAACACUCUCUCCACAGCGACGUUCUUCCAAACCCGGUUUAAGCUGACGAGAGACACCUGCCCAGGACCCUACGCGUCUGUAAGUCUCUCCGAGUGAACUGGGUCUCAUCUCCUGCAGAGUACGCAAGUUCAAUUACCAGCAGAUUAGCUUUCUACUCCCCGCGCCCCGCCCCUCGCCAGCCCCUGGAGCCGCGGGAAUAAAUGAUCAGCUCCUGGCCGGUGCUCAACCGAGUGGCCGGAGCGCAGUCCGGUGACUGGAGCGCGCGGGGCGAUCGCGAGGCACCCCCUCCCUCUCCCCGCGCCGCCUCCAGCGCGAGUGACAGCGCGCCCUCCGGGCUCCGGAGCGGCAGCGCCGAACAAUCCCGGGCAGGGCUCGCCUCGCCGGUGACAUCACUCCUGAAGAUAUUCCUCGCUCCCAGCGCCUGCCUUCACCAGGCGUCCGUCCGUGGGUCCGUCUCCGCCUUUCCGCCGCCGAAGAGGGCUCCUCGCUGGCUGGGAACAGAGCCGGGCACCGAGGAGCGACAGGAUCCCGAGGAGAGAGAGCUAAGGCAGCGAGCGAAGGAGGACCCCGGCAGGCAGCAGCAUGAAAUUCAGCCCAGCGCACUACCUGCUGCCUCUCCUGCCUGCGCUGGUCCUCAGCACCAGGACUAUGAAGAGCUAGAAAAGCAGCUAAAAGAAGUCUUUAAGGAACGAAGCACCAUUCUUCGUCAGCUGACAAAGACAUCAAGAGAACUUGAUGGAAUUAAAGUCAAUCUUCAGUCCUUAAAAAACGAUGAGCAGUCUGCGAAAAUUGAUGUUCAGAAACUUCUGGAAUUAGGACAGAAACAAAGAGAAGAAAUGAAGUCUCUUCAGGAGGCCCUGCAAAAUCAACUUAAAGAGACAUCAGAGAAAGCAGAAAAACACCAGGCUACCAUUAAUUUUUUAAAGACUGAAGUUGAAAGAAAGAGCAAAAUGAUCCGAGACCUCCAGAAUGAGAAUAAAAGCUUGAAAAACAAACUCUUGUCAGGAAACAAGCUCUGUGGCAUUCAUGCAGAAGAGUCAAAAAAAAUUCAAGCCCAGCUGAAGGAGCUUCGUUAUGGGAAGAAGGAUUUAUUAUUUAAGGCACAGCAGCUUACUGAUCUGGAACAAAAAUUAGCUGUAGCCAAAAAUGAACUGGAGAAAGCAGCUCUUGACAGGGAGUCACAGAUGAAAGCAAUGAAAGAGACUGUGCAACUCUGCUUGACAUCCGUUUUCCGUGAUCAGCCUCCUCCACCUUUGAGUUUAAUCACAUCAAAUCCAACUCAGAUGUUACUCCCACCCAGGAAUAUUGCCUCUAAACUUCCAAAUGCCAGCACCAAAAGCAAGCCUCAACAAAGUGCUUCUGGAAACAAUGAAAGCUCUCAAGCUGAGUCCACAAAGGAAGGAAAUCCAAGUACCGUUGCCUGUGGCUCUCAAGAUGAGGGCAGAACCUGUUCAAUGAAGCACCAAGAAAGUCCCCCAAGUAAUGCCACUGCAGAAACCGAGCCUAUCCCACAGAAAUUGCAAAUGCCUCCUUGUUCUGAAUGUGAGGUGAAAAAAGAAAAACAAGUGACCAGUUUUGAAGGGAUGGCAGCGAGAGAAGAAAAAAUACUGUAAAUACUAAGAAACUGUUAAAAACAUCCAUUUACUAUUGUCUUCAUACUCUUUUUAGACCACAAGCUUGAUGGAAAUACUAAGUUUCUAAAGCAUGCAACUUUUUCACAAUUUUAUGUAACUUUAUAAAGUAGUCUAUAAAUUUUCAAAGAUUCUAGACCAAUUAUGAUCCUUAAGCAAUAACCUAAUUGAAAUAAAUAUCCACAGUCAUAAAUAUUUUGUUGUCAUCGGUAAACUGCCCCAUAUAAAUUGGUCUGUUUUAAACUCAAAUGUAUCUAACAUGUAAUUCUUCUGGUUCAUUUGGAUAUCUAGUACUUCUAUGAUGUAGCUGUCAAAAUCAGCUGGAGGAUAAUAAAAUAUGUGGGUUCUCAGUAUUCUCAAAUCCAAAUUACAACCAUAUCAUUAAGGGUUUGGUCCACAUGAGCCAACUGAAGUCAUUUUCUUCAAGGUUGGAAUUUGUGCCAACCUAAAUACAUUGUUUCUUUGAUUAUGUUUAUUGCUAUUGGUAUUGGUAUUAUUCUGAAAUAAUAAUAAUUUGUCUAAAUAAUGCUAAGACAAUUCUGUCGAAUUUUGUCAGCUUUCAGAAUUCAUUAAGUAUGUUUGGCAUCAUAUAGACAAAAUAUUUGGAUGGAUAACGAAAUUUCUGACACAUUUAUAUAUUUUGGCAUUCUAUAGACACAUCUCCUAUGUAUGUCUACUGGAAUUACUCCAAGUUAAUAACCAAGUUGUCUGAAAUACUUGCCAGGAUUUUUGGUAUGAAGUUGGGUAAUGUAAUGUGGAAUGAGGAGUGGGUUAUAAAUACAAACAUGUAAGCAGGUAAUAUAUAUUUCAAAACAGGGAUUUGAUGAAAGUAAAAUAGUCAUGUUCAUUCAAUGAACCCAGAUGCAUAUUUUUUGAAAACCAAUGUGUUAUUAAAACAAGUCAAUGGCAGUGUUAAUUUUUAAGAGUUCUGUCUUUCUAUAGGAAUAUCACUAAUCAAAUAAAUGUACUCAUGAAUAAUUGAAACAUAGCUCACAAGCAAGAGGAAUUGACCACUUGAAUAAUUAUCUGAUUCACAUGUUUGAUAGGGCAUUCAAAGUUAAAGACUCAGGUUGUCAGCACAGAAAAGUCACUUCUGCUGUUUAGACCCUUUUUACAACUGUGGAAAGCAUAUGAAACCAUUAAAUUUACAGAAUGGAUCUGUCAAGCCACAUACAUACAUUUGGAGCCAUGUAUUCUAGAAGAUAGUUAAUAAAAAUAUCAAUAGAUGAACUUAAAUUCUGAGAUAUAAUAGCAUACCUCUGAUCAAAAUAGCAUAUUUAAAGAAACUUAAGGAUUUGAAGAAUUGGAGAAUAUCAUUAGCUGAAACAGUAAUAUUAUAAUAUAUUCAUUUGGCAAUUCAACUUUCAGAAUAGUUCAGUGUCAUUUAUUAGCACAGACAAAUCCCUACCACAGUGGUGCGACUUAGCAAUUUUUUGACUAUUCUGUGAAACCUUCAUAUCUCUACACACUUUGAAUUUUGUUAUGGGGGGGCUAGUGAUACAUGGUACAUGAAAUAUUUAACACUUCGUUAUAAAAUAUGCUUUGUGUUAGAUGAUUUGCCCAACUGUAGGAUGAGGUAUAUGUUCUGAGCACAUUUAAGCAGGUUUAAAGUAGGCUAGGCUAUGAUGUUCCGUGGUUAGGUCUCUUAAAUGCAUUUUGGACUUACAAUGUUUCCAACUUUUGAUUCAUUUAUCUGUAUGUAACCUAUUGUAAGUCAAGGGACAUCUAUAUUUUUCAUAAAACAAGCUACCCAAGGAAAAAAGAUAAUUAGCUUUAUGGAUGAUUCCUAGAGGUUUCAGAAGUGAUCAGGAUAAAAUUAAAGAUCAAGGUCUGAGGUUUCUGUUGACUCCUUCAUAUGUUUAAAAAUAAUUUAAUUAUACAAACUGGAAUACUACUCUUCUCCCAAGUCCUGUUCCUUUUAAUUUUCCCACUGACUUAGGGGCCUUAACCAUCUCCAUAGGUUUAUGAAAGGGUAGCAGAUCAUUUAGUUUUAAUUUGGGUUCAGUCUCCCACCUCCACCCUGAGGCACAGCUUCUCUCCGAGGCCCUGUGGAUCCUAUGGAAAGUUAUUCACCUUGUCAUCUUAGCACAGCAUGUUUUGAAGCAUGUUGGGAUUGAGAAAAGAAAAGGAGAAUCAGGCCAUUAUUUUCUAAAAUUGUUAUGAGAGAUAACAUGUUGAAAGGUGAGAGCUCAGGUUGAUAUUAAUCAAGUGUUCAUCAAGCUUCAUUUUUGUUUAUGUUCUCUGUUUUCCAAAUUCCUAUUCUUGUCUGUGACAGUAUACCCAAUGUGCUUUUAUUAAUUCCUGGCUUGAUCAAGUGGGCUUUGGAUCCAUAUAAUGUGUAUUUUUCCAGCAAGGUUUACUGUGUUAUAUUCAUUGCAUCAUUUUUUUAAAAAGAAACUUGUAGCAGGAGACCUUUAAAUAUAUUUUUAAGAGUUCAUUUUAAUAGCUAAGUAUGAGACUCUUUUUUAGUAUGUUCUAUGACUCCACUUUGAUGAACACAUUUUAUUUCUCUCAGUUCUUCAAUUGCUUUAAAAUAGAACCAGGUAAGUUUAAAAUGUUUCUCUUACAUUUGUGAAUUUGUCUAUGAGAGAGGGGCCAUUUCUUAUAUCUUUUAAUAAGCAGCUAUAAUUAAAACAGAUGUUGUUUUAAAAAAAUUAACCCUUAAAUCCCAAUUAUCCUCAUAUGGAAAAAAAUAUCAACCUAAAUGUUGACUAUAGAUAGUAUAAUUCUAUUAUGUAUCUAUAAUGAUGAGCAGUGAAAGAUUACUUACAUUUUGAAAAAUAUGAAUUGAGAAAAAGCAUAUUUUUUAAUGGAAUAACUUGUUUUAAUAGAGGUACAACCAGAACUAACGAUUGUAUUUCUUUCUAGUUAUUUUAAAAUACUAAUCAAUGCUAUGUGUUUGAUGUAUUUGUUUGUAAGUUAGAAAUUUGUUUUGACUUUGUGUUUUCUUUUAUGUGCAUAACUGUGUAAACUGAACCCGUUCCUAAAAUGCAUUAAGCUUAAAUGAAUGCUGUGUCUAUCUAAUGCCAAAAUGCUCAGAAGAAAAGUGAAUAAUUCAGUCACUCAUCUGGAUGUGGUUUUCCAUGUAAUAUCAAAUAUCUGAAUAUCGAAAACACUAGAUUGCUUUUUUUUUCAUUCUGUAUGCAGCUGUUUAGCAUCAUCGUGCUGUUUCAGAUACACGUUUCAUAACAUAUCCUCAAUUAUAAGUCUAAGACAGUUAUAUGUAAAGGAUACAUUUACUAUUUUAGAUGCACAAUGUUGAUAACUGAACUAAAACAAUAUUUGUGAACUUUGCUAUAAUGAAAUCUUUUAUUUUUAUAGCUCAGGUAUUGUAAUUAGCACUAAUCACAGUGGAGACUGAAAUAAUUAUUGACACCAUAGAGUAGGUCAAACUGGCCAGACCUACAGAGUGAUGAAAACAUAUACUAUUUACUUAGGAGACGUUUUCUUAGUUAUGUGUAUAGUCCUAAAUUUCCCCAAACUAUGUGUUCAUUUGGAUUGUGUUAUAUAAUAUUAACAGUUGAAUGAUGAAGAAUAAAAGAUGCUGAAAGAUGGCCUAUUUUGUUCAAUAAAGAUUGUUACAAGACUACAA